AUGCGCUUACCGUCUCCCAGACGGUUUCCGUCACCUAGAAGGCAGCCGGCAUCGCCGACACCGCUUGACAGGGGAGCAAACCGGUCGUUGAAGUUUCCGGCGGCUACCACGUCGCUCAUAAAGGACAGUCCAAAUAAGGAGCUGAAGGAAGGUUCGGAAAAGGACGGAGGAAGAGACAAUCCUGGAAAACGGGAAGGCCGCGUUACUAAAGCACCAAUGGUGGCGCCCUUUACAGCAUCGGCUCCAGUAGCAGCUCCCGCUAUAGUCAUCCCUUCUCAUUCCGCGAAACCGCCGUCCACUGGUAUCCCGUCUCCUGCACUGAAACCAUCUGCUGCUGCCGCGUCUCCCGCACUGAAACCGUCUACUGCUAUCCCAGCCCCUGCACAAAAGCCGUCUACGUCUAGCCCGUCUCCUGCACGGAAACCGUCUACCUCCAUCCCUUCUACUUCACUAAAACCGUCUACUUCCAUCCCGUCUCCUGCACUUAAACCGUCUACUUCAAUUCCGUCUCCUGCACUGAAACCGUCUACUGCUAUCCCGUCGCCUGUCCUGAAACCCGCCACGCCGCCAUCCUCCCCACCCAGUAGCUUCAAGCCCUUCGGUCCACCUGUGUCAAAUGAUACGGCGGCAGCUGCAGAUUCAGGAACCGAUUCGGCCGGUCAAGCCUUGCGAGCGGUGGCUGCUUCGUUUGUUCCGGCAUUCAGCGCAAAGCUUUCAGACGGAGCGACCGCAACGGCGUCACGAGCAGCGAAGAAGACGAAUUCGACGCCUGUGUUUACUCCAUCAGACAGAAAGCGGAGCUCCACACCCACGUUCUCGCGUCCGGAGCGGAAAGCGAGUCCCACACCUUGCGUGAGCGCAAUCGGCGAUCGGAUUCGGAAGCAAAGCCCCGUGCAGUCCGUGACGUCACGUGCUGUACCACCCGUGACGUCACGUCUUGACCGGAACGACACUCCGUCUCUCGAGCUGCCGCGGGAGGAGAGGACGGAGCGGCCGACGCUGAGCUGGCAGGUCCGCAGUCAAGGCGUGAGAGUUGCAGCAGGUUCGGAGAAGAGCGCAGCAGCUUCGGAGAAGAGCACAGGAUCACGAGGCAGUGCUCGCGGGGCUAGCGGAGAUGGUGAGAAUAACGGUGGUGGUAGUAACGGGAGCUGCGGAAGCGGUGACAGUAUCGGUGGUAAUGGGGUCACGGUACGUGGUGAGAAGAGCGGUGGUGGUGGGGCCAGAGGAAGGAGUGAACUUAGCGGUGGUAGUGGUGCGGUCAGCGGAGUCAGUGACAAUAGCGGUGGUAGUGGAACCAGCGGUAGCAGUGGAAAGUCGAGCGUGGUGGGAGUUGAGACGAAGAAUCGCAAUCCUACGUGGGAUGAAGAGGCCGAGGGGAAAGACGCGGUGAUAGCGGUGAAAGCUUUGAUUGGUGGAGAUGGGCGGAAGGAGGAGGCGGCGAUGCAAGGGGGGCCAGCAUAUGUGGAGCUAGCAGGGAGCGAAUCCGGACAGCGACGCAUGUCUCUUAGAAGGACUUCUUCUGUUGGUACUGGCGGGUGGGUUGAUAGAGUGACUGUAACGAAGGGGCCUAACGAGAGGUCUGAAAUUGGUGAGACAGGACUGCCAAGCACGACUGUGGGAAUCGAUGGAAUUGCACGAGGAGUGGCAGCAGGAGAAGAACUGGCAGGGAAGUUAACAGCAGCAGAGAGGCAAGGAGCGUCAGUUAAGACUGGAAUGCUGGAGUCGAUAGUUCCCACGGUCUUUGCACCCGCAGAUCCAGUAGCGCCAGCUCCACCAACAGCAGCAAGCCUGAUAGCAUCAGCAUCAGCCGCAGCCGCACCGCGACCAACAACAACAGCAGCAGCCUCAGCAGCAGGAGCAACAGCAGCAGCAGCAGCAGCAGGAGCAACAGCAGGUGCUGCAAGCCUAGCAUCGGUGUGCAUCAAGGUCCCUCCUGGAGGCAAGCCCGAGGUGCAUGUCUCGCCAGACUGGGUGUUCACAUACGACUAUGUGUACGGAGGGACGGGCCCGCCCAUGUCGCAGCUCUUUGCCGACUGUAUCAUGCCUCUCGUGCACGGACUCUUUGACGGCUACAACGCUACAGUCUUUGCAUACGGGCAGACCGGGUCUGGCAAGACGUACACCAUGGGCACGGCUCUUCAAAGCACGGCUGCUGUUGCUGCUGCUGAGACCGACAGCAGUGGUGGAGGUGCUACCAGUGCGGACAAGGAUGGGAGCCUGAUGAACAGCGACACGUCAGUGGAGAAGGAGGGCGGGGUGGCCAGGCGCGUGGUCAACUCGCUCUUCCAGCGUGUUGAGGAUCUCUCCCACUGCUCUCGCUUCCAGAUCCGCGUCUCACUCAUCGAGGUGCGUUGGGCCAGUCACUGGGGUUUCAGCAGGCGGUCAGUAAGGCCAGUGGCCAGUGGAGACGAACAAUGCCCUGUUGGUAACGUGAUCAGUGCGCUCAGCAGUGAUGAGAAGAGGAGGAAGGAUGCAGGAGGGGGAGGAGGCGCGGGGGGGUUCACAGCAGCGUUGAUUCCGGUGCAUGUGCCUUAUCGGGACAGCAAGCUGACACGGCUGCUGCAGGACUCCCUAGGGGGAAACAGCCGCACUGUCAUGAUAGCCUGUGUGAGCCCCACAGACUCCAACGUAGAGGAGAGUCUCAACACCCUUCGCUAUGCCAAUCGUGCAAGAAACAUCUGCAACCGACCAACGGUGAACCGGCUGGGCACGGUGGAUGCAGAGGAGGUGCGGCGGUUGAGGCAGCACGUGUCUCUGCUGCAGGCAGAGCUCGCUAGAGUGCCCCCACCGCUUCCCAUCACAGCAGAAGAGCUUCAGGUGUCAUUGGAGCUGCAGCAUGUGCCAUGGGCCCACGGUGAAAUGACUGGGCACGGUGGAUGCGGAGGAGGUGCGGCGGCUGAGGCAGCACGUGUCUCUGCUGCAGGCAGAGCUGGCAAGGGUGCCACCGCCGUUGCCUAUCACAGCAGAAGAGCUUCAGGUGGGUAUUGGGAAGAAGGUCAGGUGAAUGGUGCUGGAUGCGGAGGAGGUGCGGCGGCUGAGGCAGCAUGUUUGUCGUUGGAGCUGCAGCAUGUGCCAUGGGCGUGGCUGGGCACAGUGCACGCAGAGGAAGUGCGGCGGCUGAGGCAGCACGUGUCUCUGCUGCAGGCAGAGCUGGCAAGGGUGCCGCCCCCUCUGCCCAUCACAGCGGAAGAGCUUCAGUUGAAGGUUGUCGAGUCAAUUCAGAAGCUGGUUCCUCUCUCAUUUCCCUCGUCAUCCUCCCUGUUUGAUCUUCACUGCUCCCAGGCCCUGGAACAGAAUCUGGUAUCCUUUGAGGAGGCCAACAUCCAGUUAAAGGCGUCCCUAGAAAGCACCCAGUCAGACCUGCAGUCAACCCAGCAGAACCUAGACGCAACACGGCUAUCCUUGGAAUCUGAGAGGCAGCGAGCAGAUGACAGCGAGGCGGCUUGCGCUGCUCUGCAUGCUGACUGUGCGGCGCUGCGUGCUGACCUGGACAGCGCCACGUCAGAGAUCGAGCGGCUGCGCGCUGAGCUGGCGGCGGCAAAGGAGGAGUCAGCGAAAGCGAAGGAGCAGCUGGAUGGGUUGAGAAAGUCGCAUGAGAGAACCAGCCGUGGGUAUGGCGCUGGUGGCACUGCUGCUGGUGCUGGUGGUGGUGGUAGUUUCGGCAGCAAUAGUGCUAGAAUGCAGUCGGGCGGAGGUGGGGGAACAGCAGCCUUUGGAGCGGCACGAACGGACGAGAUCAAGCGAGUGAAGAGAGAGGCUGAUAGGGCCGUGGCUGAGGCGACUAAGAGGGCGGAAAGGGAGAGUAAAAAGGCGGAAGAUGCUAUUGCUCGGGCUAGGAAGGCGUUGGAGAGAGCAGUGGAGGCAGAGAAGCGGGCCCCAGAGGCAGAGAGACGGGCGGCAGAAGCGGAGAGGAGAGUAGCGGAAGCUGAGAAGAAAGCAGCAGGGGCAGAGAGACGGGCAGCAGAGGCGGAGGAGAGAAGGGAGAGGGAGAUGCGACGGGCAGAUGGUAGUGUUGAGCGGUUGAGUUUGGCAGAGGUCCGGGCUGCCGAGGCUGAGGCAGAGGUUCGGGCGCUUCGCUCGGAGCUGGCUUCGGCGGCUGCUGAGGCAAUGGCGGCUGCUGUGGCCCGGCAAGAAUCGGAGCAGGAGCAGGUGAGGGUGGUUCGGAUGCAGCUUGCCGAGGCUGAGAAGGAGGCUCGGACGACUAUUGCAGAGAUGGAAAAUAGGUUCGGGAAGGAGCGGGAAGAGUAUGAGAGGCGGUUUGAAGCUGAGAGACAGCAGUGGGAGGAGGAGAAGAGUGCGUGGGAGGAGGAGGGGAGGGCGAGAGAGAGGAGGGUGGCACAUGAACGUUAUACCUGGAAUCAUGAGUUGACUGCAGAAGUGGAAAAACGGGAGAGGAACUGGGCAGGGGAACGGGAGAUGUGGGAGAGGAGUCUUAGAGAGGAAGCGGAGGUUUGGGAAAGAAGGCUGAAAGAGGUACGGGACGCAUGGGAAGUGAAACUGAAAGAGGAAGGGGAGGCGUGGGAGAAGAAACUCGCAGCAGCUGAAGAGAAAGCAGCAGGCGUUGCGGAGAGGAUCAGGGCGGAGGUGGAAAGGGCGGAGGAGCAGGCAGUAGCUGGGAUGCUGCAGGAAAAGAGGCUUGCAGAGGAGAGGGCUGUUGCUGCUGAACGGGCUUUGGCAGGGGAGCGAGCGAUGCUGGAAAGGAGAAUGGCGGAUCUGAGAGCACAGGUGAGGAAGGCAGCAAAGGAGGAAGAGGCGGAGUGGCUUGGGUUGGUGACUUCUGAGGCUGAGAGGUUGAGUGAGGAGUGUAAUGCGUUGAAGGGCGAGUGUGGGGAGUUGAGGAGGGAGUGUGAGGGGUUGAGGAGGAGGGAGAGGGAGGAACGGGAGAGGAGGGAGAGGGAGGAGGCGAGGGCUGUGAGGGCCGAGGCUGCUGCUGCCGAAGCUGAGGCUCGGGUGGCUCGGGAGGUGGAGAGCGUCCAAGAGCAGGCUCGGGAAGAGGCUCGGAAAGAGGCAGAGAAAAUGGAGAGUGAUUUGGCAGAGGUUUGGGCGCAAGCAGAGGUGGAAGCAAAGAAGGCAGAAGAUGCAACUGAGAGGGUGAAAGAAGCGGAGGAGCAGGUGAUUAUAUUGAAGGUUAAGAUCGAAGGGUUGAGGGAAGAGUUGAACGAGCUUGAAGCUGUUCUGGAGGAGGAGGAACGGAAUGCGGAAGAAGCAGAGAAGCUGCUGGUUCGGGCCCAGGCCAAGCUUGCCGAGGCUGAGGCUCGGGCCGAAGCUGCAGAGGGGCGAGUGGAGGAGCUAGAAGGGGAGGUGGAGAGAGCAAGAGAGGCGGAAGAGGUGGUUCGAGUGGAGUGUGAAGUAAUGAGGGAGUGUGUGCGUGCGGCAGGGGAGAGAGUGGAUGAAGUGACAGAGAGAGUGAGGAGGAGUGAAAGAGCUGCGGAGGAAGCAGAGGAGAGGGCGAGAGGAGCGAAGGAGGAGCAGAGGAAGGCAGAGGGGAAAGCGAGUGAGGCGUUGGCAGCAGUGGAUGCGGCGGAAGAGAGAGCGAGAGUUGCUGUGCGGGAGAAGGAGGAGGCGGAGAGGAGAGCAGAGGAGGCGAGGCGGAGGGCUGUAGAGGCUGAGAGGAAGGCUGCUGCUGCUGGGGCAGCGUUGGUAGAAGCAGAGGAAUGGAUGAGGGAUAUGGGAAGGAAGGAUGAGGAGAGAAACGAGGGGGAGGAGGUGGAAAUUGGGGGGAAGCAGGAGGAAGAGACGAAAAAGCGGGAGGGAAAAGAGGGAGAGGCGAAGGGAAUGAGGGGGAGACAGGGGGAAAGGGAUGUGGAGGAGGUAGUAGUGGCUCUGGUUUGCGAGAUGCUGGACAGUGCAAUGGCGAGGGUGACUGUACAGGAGACGACUCCCGAGGUGCCUCAAGAAUCACUGGUGAGGGAGAAUCAAGCAGAGGAGAAGGAGCAACAGUGUGGGGAAGACAAGCAGCAGGGGCAAGACAAGCAGCAGGGGGGAGACAAGCAGCAGCGUUUGGGGUUGGAUGAGGUGGUGGGUGAGCUGCCGGAUGAUUCGCAGGAUGAACUGCAAAACGCGCUUCUGAAUAAACCGCAGAGUGAACUUCGGAACGGAGUGGCAGUAGGAGGCGAGUGGCAUGGGAGGAAGGAGGAGGUUGAGGCAGUGGUGGUGGGCCUAGUGGGACAGGUUCUGGAUAGCACCGUGAUGAUUCUGCAGGCUCAGGAGCAGGCUCGGGAACAGGCUCGGGAGCAGGUCUGGGAACAGGUUUGGGAGCAGGCUCGGAAGCAGGCUCGGUAUCAGUCGCAGGUGCAGCUUUUCCGGGCAGAGGAGAAGGCUACCGAGGCGACAGAGCAGGUUCGGGGGCUGGAGCAGCAGCUGAUGAAGGCAGAGGAGCAGGUUCGGCAGACUGGGGAGGAGAUUGCGGUGCUCAAGGCUGAGUUGGCUAGAAAGCAGGCUGAGCUGGAGGAUAAGGUUGCUGAGCUGGCACGGGCUGUAGAGGAGAAGGAGAGGGGUAGAGGGGAGGUGGAAGCACUGAGGAAUGGGAUAGAGAACUUGCGGGGAAGGCUGCGAGUGAGGGAGGAGGAGAAGGGGCAUGCAGAGGAGCAUCUAGAAUGGCUUAUGAAGGAGCUGGCAGAAGAGAUGGACGAGAGGGAGGGGGAGAGGAGGGAAGUGAACGCGAUAAGAGAGGAGAUUGGGAGAUUGCGAGGGAAGGUGCGGGAAGGUGAAGAGGCGAGGAGGCAGGCGGAGGGGCGAGUGGAGAGGCUUAUGGAAGAAUUGGCUGAAGCGGCGGAGGAGAGGGAGAGGGGUAGGGGGGAGGUGAAAGCGGUACGAGAGGAGAUGAAGGGGUUGAGAGGGAUGUUGAGGGAUGGCGAGGAGGAGAGGAGGCAACUGGAGGAGCAUGUGGAAUGGUUGAUGAGAGAGUUGGCUGAGGUGGUGGUUGAAAAGGAGAGAGCUGAGAGGGAGAGGAGAGAAGAGGAUGUGGAUCGGGGUGAAAAGGAGGAAAAGAAAGCAGAGGCAGAGACAGAGGUGGAAACAGAGGCAGACUCUGGGUCAGAGGAAGAGGAUGGGAUUUCAGCACAAGCAGAAGUGGAAAGUCAAGAAAAUCGUGUAGCAGAAGCAGAAAACGGAGGAGAGGCAGAACCAGAUCCAGAGGCAGGCCCAGAGGCAGGGAUAGGAGAAGAAGGAGCAUCAGAGGCGUGUGCAAAGUGGUGUGUCUUAGUGGGUGAGGAGGCAUGUGAGGAGGGGGGUGAGGAGGUGCGUGAGGAGGCAUGUGAGGAGCUGACCUCUACCUUGCAAUCGCAAGGCGCCGUUGCAACUCCUGUGAUGAACCAAGAAGAAAAUUCUCCUUUCGUCACUCCUACUGCCUCACCCACUACCUCUCCCUCUUCCUCUCCCUCCGCUCCCCCUCUCUCUCUGCAACUGACCACUUCGGCUGCUUGCCCAGCAAUAAACGCAGGUGCUGUCAUUCCCGCCUGCCCCCUGCCUGAAACAGUCAGUGGCCUUGUCAAUACAGCCUCUGCUCCGCCCCUGCCUGCAUUAGCCAGUGGUGAUGGCGCAGCGUUUGCCUGGCCUCUUCCAGCAGAGGAGGAACAGCCCUGGAAUCCUUUCCUCAGCGCCCCACCUGAAGCUCCACCUGAUGCCUCACCUGAUGCCUCACCUGAUGCCCCUCCUGAUGCUGAUGCCUCACCUGUUGCCCCACCUCCUGCUGCUAAUGAAGUGGUUACAGCAGUACCAGAAUCGUCAUAUGCGCCAGCAGUUGCGGCGCUGUCACACUACAAUCCCUUCCUGGACUCUUUUGAGGAACCCUCACCAGAUCACACCAACAAUCACCCAGGGCAGACAGGGUUUGAGUCGGCUCACAAGCCGUUCCUGAUAAGCUUUGAUGAAGAGCCCUUGUUGGAGCUGGAAGGUGAUACAGAGGACUCGGCCGAGGAAGCCAUACAGGGACGUGAGGCCGGUAGCAGCCAUACAGCGAUGCCCAAGCAGUCUCUGACGGCUGACCGUGGCAGAAGCAGCAUUCCUCGCUCCAACAGUAACCCAUUCCUGUGCUCUUGGGCGGAGCUUGAUGGGGUAGAGGAGACCAGUGGAGAGGAGAGGAUUGGUGUGGAGCAGGAGAGAUGGAACUGGGACAAGGGUGGAGACGAGGAGGGAGGAUGUGAUGAUAGGGCUGUUGAGGAGAACAAGGAGAGUGGCGGAAUGAAGGAGGGAAGUGGGGAGACGGGUGGGGAGAUAGAGGAGGUGGUGGAACUGGUAGAGGAAGAGGAGGAGGGGACAGAGGAGGAUGAGGAAGAGGAGGAGGGAGAGGAGGGGGCAGUGGAGGAUGAGGAAGUGGAGGAGGGAGGGGAGGGGGCAGUGGAGGAUGAGGAAGAGGAGGAGGUAGAGGAGGAAAGUGAGGAGGAGAGAGAGGAGGAGGAGGAAAGCGAGGAGGAGAGAGAGGAGGAGGAGGAAAGCGAGGGAGAGGAGGAAGAAGGGGAAGGAGAUGAGGAGGAAGAGGAGGAGGAAGAGGAGGAGGAGGAAGAGGAGGAGGAAGAGGGAACCUAG